AUGAUUGCUACAAGUUAUGCUCUUACCAAGCGUAAUAUUAUCUUGCAGAAUCAUAUUGAUACCCUUCAGGAUGAACUGCGAUUAACGUCACCAGAUGCCAUUCUUUUUUGGAAUCAAGUCAUGCUGCAAGCCUGUGCAAAUGAUUAUGAUAAAGCUGUAGCUUUCAGACCUGAUCAAGAUGGCCCAGCAGCAACUGCACGUGCCUUUGCUAUCAUUCAUGGUGCCAUGUAUGAUGCGAUGAAAAAUUUCGAUCGAACUUAUCAACGUGUUACAGAAGGAAGCCGACCUUCAACUAACGAUUCUAGUGGCAAACAAAAUGGAUUCAUUGCAUCUAUUAUAGAAGCUGCCUAUCAAACAUUGUCAUUCUUGUAUCCACAACAGCGUCCUAUAUUCGAUGCCGUCUAUCGAGCUCAUUUGUAUAGAAUCAGAAACGAAACUAGUUCACAAAACGAUAUAAACAUUGGUCUUAGUGUUGGUCAGUUAACCAGCUCUUAUAUCCUCGAAAAUCGAAAAUUCGAUGGUAGUUCUGGUAACGCUGUAUAUAUUCCUCAAAUGCAGUCCGGUUAUCAUAAAGUUGAUCCGCUUCAUACAGGACAAGGCUUUUUAGGUGUUCACUGGGGACUAGUAAAACCAUUUUUCCUGGACUCUGCAUCACAAUAUCGUCCUCCGGACAUUGUCGGUAUUACAUCUUCGGCUCGUAUGUAUUAUUUGAAUUCAUUGUUGUACAGAACUGAGUUGAAUGAAGUGAAAACGUACGGAUCAAAAAAUAGUACAUACCGCUCGGAUGAUCAAACUCAAACCGGUAUUGCAUGGGGUUAUGAUGGAGCACCGAAGUUGGGUACACCUCCCCGUCUUUAUAAUCAAAUCGUUCGCAUUAUCGCCAUCCAGCAAGGGAAUACACUUGAACAGAAUGCUCGAUUAUUUGCCCUUGUCAAUUAUGCUAUGUGUGAUGCGGGGAUAGCCGCAUGGGAAGCGAAGUAUCACUAUGCUUUUUGGCGUCCAAUUGUUGGUAUUCGUGAGGCACCAAACAUAAAUGAUGCUGAUCGUAACUGGAUACCAUUAGGAGCACCAGCUGAUGGUACUGGUACAGAUUUUACACCUCCUUUUCCAGCCUAUGUAUCUGGCCAUGCAGCCUUUGGCUCGGCUACUUUUCACAUACUUCGACUAUUUUACAACAGAGAUGAUAUUCAUUUUCAAUUUCAAUCAGAUGAAUAUAAUGGAAAAACCAGGGAUUCAAACACUGGACUAGUACGACCAGCGCUGACUCGAAGUUAUCGGUCAUUAACAGCAGCCGAAACGGAAAAUGCUAUUAGUCGAAUUUAUUUAGGUGUACACUGGCGUUGCGAUGUUGAAAAAGGAAAGACUCUUGGUCAAAAUGUAGCAUUGGAAGUGUUUCGAAAACUCAUUUGA